UGCAAACAAGUGAACAACCAAUACCAACACCACGCCCAUACCAACUAAUGCUUUUUACCAUUUGUACAUGGCGAUGUGAGGACAAUGGUAGCAGACCAAGUGGGAUUUCAGAUGACAGUGUAUAUAUCGGGAUCAAUCCCUAGUAGUGGCUACCCUUUGUCAUCACUCGUAAGGUUACAACGUUACAAAAGUAAUGACUACACUAAACUGGUGUUCCCAGGUAGCGUGCUCUGCCAGCCCCUACUGCAGCUAAUGCUGAGGGUGUGACCAUCACAUCGACAUCGAUCUGUCAUUAACCUUCAGUGGAAAGACACCUGUACAGCGCACGGAGGUGAGAGGUCAGGCCUACUGAUCCGAACGCAGCCACUGACGUAGCAUCAGGCACCGGCCAAUUGGGAAGAAGGCCUGAUAACGGUGAAAGGCACCUACGCUUUCUUUAGCAAUACAUAAAAAUGAAACUUGGACGACAAAGUGAUAUUUUACUGAAUAAGACAUAUAGAUCUGUGGGUGAGGUUUUGAUCCGUGAAUUGUGUUCAUUUGAAGUUGUCACUGUUAUUUCGUUCUCGAGUUAGGACCAUGAAGGUGUCCCUUCCUCUAUUCGCGUACUGUCUUAUUCAAGCUUUUGCCUUCGUUUCCCAUGCUGCCAGAUCCUCUGCUCUAAAUGAUACACAAGUUCUACUUACAAGAACAUUAUCUUCUAUUAAUUCUGCUUUGAGUUUUUUCAACAAAGAACAUCGAAAUGUCAACUUGGACACUGUUAUAGGAACAAGGAUACUUGAAGGUCAAUUCAAGGUGCUAUUGGACAUGAUCGGCCGCUCCCCUGGGGAAUGGCAGGUGGAUAGCAACACUCUGUUAGACAUAGAGCGACUACAACAAACAGCUGGCAGAAUCAGCGACAAAGCCAUUCCCUACAUUGCCACCCUAACACCACGGUAUUUCUAUAAGAUCGGCAUGAUGCUCCAGAAAGGGUUUUGGGAGCUAGACUACAACAGUAAGAGUUUUGACGACAGUAUGACACUAUGGCCAUACAAGGUAGGCGAAGCCCUACACGAGGAGGACUCCGACAAUUGUAUAGCGGAAUUCUUCGGCACGGGAAAACGUACCAAGAAAACGUGCACCAUCUCGAGAAGGUGCUGGGAAUCCAUGACGUCACCCCUCUACAAUGGUUACUCGCUGUCACACGAAAUAUUCUACCUACAGAUAGGAAGACAGUUUGGUUGUGGAGCUGAAAUGGAAAUGAUGCGCUUGGCUGCUGGUCAAGAAUCGAUAGAAAAACUGCAGGACGAUUUUUGCGCCAACAUGAUGAAUGAGGCUACCAUCAUCGCUAAGGAGGGUUUCCCUGAACGUAAACAGGACCUCUUUAUGGAGCAAGCGGCCUUGUGUGGAAUGCUUGGAUACCGACAAUUCUUUACCUCUGAUUGGCUAGAAAAAAUCCUGAGUUGGCAGGACCAAACGACUGGCUGUUACAAAGGGAAUCCCGUGAGAGAGACCGAUGUCGAGUACCGCGGGACAAAACCUCGGAUCAGGAACAAACGGGAGGAGCGCCUUCUCGAUCACGGAUGUCUGUGUCAUCGGACCACAGUGGCUGUGGCAGCCCUCGGUCAGUACAUCCGCUACAUGCUGGAGUUUGCCGCCUUCGAGCGAGACAUGGACAACUGAAGAAUUAAGUAAUUUAGGUAAAACAUUGAGGAAGGAUACAAGUCAAUGCAGAUCCUUAACGUACAUCGAGACACUGAAGUCGUGGUUGAACUUCAAAGAUCAGUGAGACUGUAAUAUAUCUUGAGUGGCCAAUACCCAGCUCUUCACCUACAAAACAAGUGACCAAUACAAAACUCUUCACAUGUGUCAUGCGUGCCAAUCCAUAACUCUUAACCUGCAUAACAGGUGGCCAAUACCUAACUCUUCACCUGUAUCAUACGUGCCCAAUACCCAACUCUUCACCUGUAUCAUACGUGCCCGAUACCCAACUCUUAACCUGCAAAACAAGUGGCUGAUACACAACUCUUCACCUGUAAACCACGUGGUAAAUACACAACUCUUCACCUGUAAACCACGUGGUAAAUACACAACUCUUCACAUGUAAACCACGUGGUAAAUACACAACUCUUCACCUGUAAACCACGUGGUAAAUACACAACUCUUCACAUGUAAACCACGUGGUAAAUACACAACUCUUCACCUGUAAAGCACGUGGUAAAUUCACUUCACCUUAACACGUCAUCCGAAGAAUCGGCCUUUUGAAAAUCUGAUAUGGACCGACUAACAUCUCGGAAUAAGAUAAAAUAAGUGUUUUCUGUAUAUGUAUAUUGACAUGUAUGUAUGUAUGGUCAAGUAGAUCGGAAAAUGAUUGAUAUUUCCAUAAAUAUAUAUCUUUGUUGCCGCUGACGUGCCGACCCGAGAGCGGGUCAGCUUUCCCCUCCUUUUUACCAUGGCAGGAGUUUGAAAUUUGUCGGCCAAUAUCAAAUUUUAAAAGGCCGAAAAAUGCCAGAAAUGUUUGUAUUACGUUACACGUGAAUGUCACAAUAGUCUCUACCUGCAUAGCAUAUAUAGUCUGCCAAAUCAAUUCACCUUGAUCAGUCAAAAUGAUAAAAUUCUUUUUAUUUAAAACACCAUUUGAUUCUAUUAAUUUUUCAUUACUUGCCUCAGUGUUAAAGCACGACUUUACAAUUGAUAACUAUUUACACGUCCGUCAUCCAUGAUAAUACUGUACCGUUUUACCGGGCGCACCACACCGCCUGAUAUUACCCCUUUACUGAUGAGCGUUCCCGACCAGUCCCCUCAGACAAAACCCUUGACUGAGCACACAAUAACCCUCUAAAGAGUGAUUCUCCAGCAGCAGCAGCAGCAGCAACAGCAGCAACAACAACUAGAGUUUAGUCGCUUUCAGAAAUAAUGAAUGGUAGAGUGUCAGUUACAUGUCUGUGGACAUGCCAGUAGAUUAGCGUGUGUGUUGUGUAUACACCUUUUCAACAGGUGAGCGAAUGAAGCACGGCUAACAAACACAAAACACAGGUGUACAAUGGAGGAAUAUCAAUAACAUAAUUGUGUAACAGCUCCAGAGCUGUCGUAAUACGUCUGAUAUAGAUACACAUGGCAAUCACUGUCUGAUACAUUGUUUUAAGUUUAAACAUUCCAUUUGCAAAUCAAACUAUGUGUGCUCAAUUUUGUUGAUAAUUGCAACAACCCAAGCAGUGCGUGACAUAUAUAUGGAUAAUAUAUACAAUUAUUUAAAUUUCAUUAAUAUAUUUCCCAAGAGAAUAAAAUAUUUUCCAUACAA